GACAGAAACCGUUAGCUAAUGAAGCUGAAGUCGAGAUGCUUUUUGUCUGUUGCAUGCGCAUUAGCGGUGACUACGUUUCUAUUACUGAGAUCACUUUUUAAAGAAAGAGAAGCCAUUGACUACAAUCAGAAAGAUUCGUUGCGGCGUGCAGUUCGCGUCGGGCUGGUGCAGCACCCGGAUGAUAAUCGAAGUCCAACUAUUUCUAGAAUUCGCACCAACACAGACAAAUCUCUGCAAGACAAGCCUGGUAGGACUGUAAGUCAUGAUCAGCCAGCUCUACAUGAAACAACAACUGCUAGAGCCAGUCUUCGAAAGCAAGUUGUAAACAAUCCUCUUCAUCUUUCUCCUUGGAAGUUGUUUCAAAGUUGGGUAACUGCAGAGCAGUUGUAUACUGUUGACAGUUUGCAGUCUGAUGCAAUGAUUCGCAUCUUACAUGCGAUGUCUACUCAAAAGAUUGAACGCGUUCUUGUUGGAUAUAAAGGAACUCAACUAAAGGCAACGUUCAUCCUUGCAGAAAGCCAGAAAGUUGUCUUCAAACCAAUGAGAUACAGCAGGGAUGUCAUGAUAACUGGUGAUCCCUAUGCUGGUUAUGAUCGCCAUAAUGCAGAGAUUGCAGCGUUUCAUCUUGAUGGAAUUUUAGGAUUUCGAAGAGCUCCUCCGGUCGCUGGAAGAACUGUCAACUUGUCGAAGGAGGUGAUUCCUGUUUCAGAACACAAGUUGCUAAAGACAUUUUUCAAACAGAAUGGGAAUGAUUGUUUCUAUGGUGUAUGUUACUACUGCAAGAAGUCGGAUCCUGCUUGUGCAAAGGGAACAAUAAUGGAAGGAUCUGUCACAUUAUGGCUGCCUGAUGAACUAAAGUUGAAGACCUGGUAUCACCCCUGGAGAAGAACAUAUGUGAAAGGCAAGAAAGCCAGGUGGGAAGUCGAUCAAACCUACUGCAAAUUGGUUCAGCAACAAACACUGCAUCAGAAAGGACGGCGGCUUCUAGAUAUACUGGAUACUGCCAUAUUUGACUACUUGAUAGGAAAUGCAGAUCGACACCGAUUUGAAACAUUUGCAAAAGAUGGCAACAAUGGGAUGUUAUUGCUAUUGGAUAAUGCUAAAAGUUUUGGCAAUGCAAAGCAUGAUGAGUGGUCUAUCUUGGCACCAAUUUAUCAGUGCUGCAUGAUAAGGAGGUCAACAUGGGACAAGUUACUUGCCUUGUCUAAAGGUUCAAAGUCACUUGGUGCUUUGUUGAAAGAAAGAACAUCAGUCGAUUUCGUAGCUCCUGUUCUAACGGACGAGCAUUUUGAGGCAGUAAACCGUCGUUUGGAGAAUGCAAUUAAUCUAAUUAAUAAGUGCAUUUCCAAACGAGGAGAAUCUGUUGUACUGACAAAAGACUAUUUAUGAUGAGAUUGACAACUAACUUAAUUAACAGUGAAUAGAAUCAACAGCUUCAGGAUUUCAUACAAUAUAGUUAUAUUUCUGUUCUCGUCAACGU